GGUACAACAUGACUAAUGCUGGUUGGUUAAGUAGAAAAGAUGUAAUAAUUAAUAAAACCAGACAUGAAAAAUAGUUCAUCACUUGUCAAAUUCUGCAAGAAAAGUAGUAUGGUUGGCAAUAUAGCUUUGAGUAGAUAACAUAGUAUUUUUGCCAUGUUUUAUUAAACCGUGUUGAUAUAUAAAUAUUCAGCUCUAAUUUCAUCCACAUUCUCUUUCAAGAUUGUGUAUACAAAAGCUUCUGUAAUGGCACUAGCAUAUAGUGCUCUUAGAAUUUGUGUUUUAAUAAUCUCAGUUUUGAUCUUCACUUCUGUGUUUUGCACCAUAGCAGGGAAAGCAGAAGAAUAUCAUGAGCCUGAAAUAAGCACAGGCACAGAAGAUCAUGAGCCUGAAAUAGGCACGGGCACAGAAGAUCACGAGCCCGCAUUAGGCAUAGGCACAGAAGAUCAUGAGCCUGAAAUAGGCGCGGGCAUAGAACAUCAUGAGCCUACGAUAGGCACAGGCACAGAAGAUCAUGAGCCUGCAAUAGGCGCGGGCGCAGGCGCUGGCGCAGGCACAGGCACAGGCGCUGGCGCAGGCGCUGUGGGUUAUUAUCCAGCUCAAAUUGUUGCCAAAGCAUUGCUAUGUUUCAAUGACAAAUAUAUUUACAGUAGCUGCGAAGAAUCUUACAGAUUAACCGCGAGUGGCAAUGUCGACGUGCCACGGGACAUGACCGACACCUACUGCGGCGGGCCGUGCCUGACAGAGACAUACCUUGUGCUGGACUGCAUAGAUAACAUUUUAACCCACUUUGUGUUCUACAAUAAAGCCACAAUACAAGAUAUUAGAGACACUAUCCAUGCAGGAUGUGGGUAUGGACCAGAAAGAGGCGAUUUUAAUGUGGAGGAGCACGUCCAAGCUGAAGAAAGCAAUGCACAGAAAGUUGUAAUCCAGCUUAUGGUUGUGCUUGGCUUAAUAGUUAUAGGACAUGGUUUAUUGCAUGUGUAACAUAUAUAUAUAUAUAUAUAUAUUUAAUGGUAUGUAUUGCAAUAAAGUUGGUUUUAUUUGUAAAACGUAACUGCUUUUGUCUGAAAUGGUGA